AGAAAUCCAGCACCGCUCAGUGCGUGAGUGACAAGGAGGUUGAAAAGACGGAGCUCAGCGCAAGCAAGGAUUUACUGAAUGUGUGUGUUUAGGCAGAUAUCCUCAGUAUCAGGCACAUGCAGACGGAUCCGUCUCGGGAAUCCAAUGGGAAUGUAAAGUGAAUUGAAGGAUUAGAGGAGUGUGUGUGUUUUGCCUGUGUGUGUAUGGGACACUUGUCUGGAAUACUAAGUGGAUAUGUGAUCAUAUCUGGAUCUAACUGCAAUGCCUACGGAAGAUUACUCAUUCUCCACUGAUGUUUUACCAACAUUACUGGAGGUCCCUGACAGUGGGGCGGUCCUAAGCCCCAUUAGGAACUCUGCCCUGAGAUAUUGCUCCUCACGCAGCAUGGACUCCACGCACUGCAACGAUCGACCCGUCAGCUACGGUUCCACCUCAUCAUCCUCCUCUUCGCGGGAUAGCCACUGUUCGCUCGGGGGCCGGCCGGUAUUAAGCUCCACCCCUGAGCGGGAUCGAGAUUCUGGGGCAAUCCGGUUGGAGCUGGUGCCUGCCCGUCAGCUAGAGGAGGAGGAGACAGGAAGACAGACACCUACACCGACCAAUCAGGGGGAUGCGGAUAUUCAGUCACCGGAAGGACGUAAAGUCCAAUAUGUGGACCGAGUGGUGCAGGAAAUUCUCGACACGGAAAAAACCUACGUCCAGGACCUUCGCAGUAUAGUCCAGGAUUACCUGGAGUGCAUCAGUAACCAGUCUCUUCUGCUCGGGGAUGAGGAGAGGAAUUCAUUGUUUGGGAAUAUCCGUGACAUCUACCGUUUUAACAGCGAUCUCCUUCAUGACCUGAAGAAGUGUAAUGCCGACCCGGUUGCUAUUGCCAAGUGUUUUGUAGCCAAGAGUGAAGACUUCCAUAUAUACACACAGUACUGCACAAAUUAUCCGAGGUCUGUUGCUGUCUUAACAGAGUGCAUGCGUAACAAAACGGUGGCAAAGUUUCUUCGAGAACGUCAAGAGAGUCUCAAACACUCCCUUCCUCUCGGCUCCUACCUGCUUAAACCUGUCCAGAGAAUCCUAAAGUACCAUCUACUUCUGCAUGAGAUCGCAACUCAUCUUGAGAAGGAUUCGGAGAUGUAUGAUGUGAUCCAGGAGGCGAUUGACACCAUGCAGAGGGUGGCCUGGCACAUCAAUGACAUGAAGAGAAAACAUGAGCAUGCAGUAAGACUGCAGGAGAUUCAGAGUUUGUUGACUAACUGGAACGGGCCAGAUCUGAUUGGUUACGGUGAGCUGGUUCUUGAGGGAACUUUCCGUAUCCAGAGAGCAAAGAAUGAGAGAACGCUCUUCCUGUUUGACAAACUGCUGUUGAUCACUAAGAAAAGAGAGGAGACCUACACCUAUAAGGCCCACAUCCUGUGCUGUAAUCUAAUGUUGGUUGAGGUCAUUCCUAAGGAACCUCUAAGCUUCAGUGUUUUCCACUACAAGAACCCAAAACUUCAACACACUGUGCAGGCAAAGUCCCAGCAAGACAAGAAAAUGUGGGUCCUGCAUCUAAAACGUCUGAUUCUCGAAAAUCAUCCUGCCAAAAUACCAGCCAAGGCUAAACAGGCAAUUCUGGAGAUGGAUACAGCAAAUCACUCAGGUUUUCAUUACAACUCUGCAGGUGACAAGAGAAUGAACACUAAAGAGGGUCCGUCCCCCCGGAGAACACGGAGAAAAACAGAGCCCUUAUCUAAAUUACUGAAAAACUCUAAACACAUUAUAUCCAGUCCAGAUAUACACAAGCGUUCUAGUUUAGGAAUCACUCUGCUGUCACCUGUGGCUCAUUUGGGUUCUAUUGGCCGAUCACGUAGCCUUGUCAGCGAAUCUCAAGAGUCUCUGGACCCUGGUGACCACAGUGAUGUAGAUGAAGAGCAGCAUCCACAAGAUGCUGAUGAUGAGGACGAUACUGGUCUGGGCUCUGGGGGUAAGCUGAGAGUGCCAGGGAAGAGCAACCGAAAAAGGCUGAACCAACAAGUAUCAGUAGACAGCAUUGACCAGUGGCGAAACAACAAACUUACUCAUGCAGAUCUCCAGACAGUCAAACAGUCCUUGCAAAAUGAGGCCGUCAACACCCCUAUCCUACGGGUGACUGGUCCUCCUGAAACAGCGGCAGAUGAACACAUUUCCCACAUGCUGGGAACAAACAGAGAACAUUCUGUUCGCAACAUAUGGGCAGACCAUCGAAUUAGAAGGGCUAUGUUUCCCACUCGUCAAAAGACUGUCCAAAUCGAUGAUGAUGAGGACAUCUACCAAAUGUUUUUGCCAACAGAGAAUGACGUAAGCGGUCACGAUGCAGAGAGUGAUCACGAAACUGCUGACCAUCCAGGAAGACCUUGUAGCUGGCACAUAGAACAGACUCAGACAUCACAGCUAGACCUUCCCUCAGCUGUGCGCAGGGUACUUCGCAGGGCCAGCAGUGUUGGAGAAAAACAGAGUGACCGACAAAGCCCUACCAAACGCACCUUACAAGAGGAUAAAAUCAACCACCAGACUGAGUCUUCAAGCAAUGAAAUCUCAGGGUCAUCUUCAGCUGAGCAGUUGACGAUCGAUGAUAUUGAGAAUGUUUAUGACAACAUUAGUUACGAGGAGCUUCAAGCCAUGGGGCUAAUUCGCAAGGACCAAGUUGCCCUUCCUAAAGUAGCAGAGGUUAAACCUAGGAUAACCCCACAAGUUAUAAUUACUCCAACGGAAACCGAGAGUUCAUGUGAGAGCAAUAGGUCCUCUGGUCAAGAGGGAGAGGUGUUCGAAAAGUGUGAGUUACAAAUUGUUGAGGAUGAGGAGAAUGUCUAUGACACCAUUGUCUUCAAGGAACGCCCUGUACUUUCAGCUGAUAUGGAUCAGGAGGAACCAAAAAGCCUGCAGACAUCUGAGAUAGAUCUCAUGGCUAGCCAGAUUUUAAAAGGGUUUGUUUCUGAAGAAAGCCUACAUACCAGGAACAACACAAUAGUUGAUCAGCCCCAAAGUCCCCCUGCUGCACUUUCUGAUGUAGAAAAAUCUUCCAAAGCUGAUCACAUGUUGGAGCAAGUGGAUGAGAUCUGGAAUGAUUUGGAAAACUACAUCCGGAACAAUGAAAAGAAACCGGACAGACUUCCCGCAGCCUUUCCUGUUAAUGGAACAAAUCCCACAUGCACAACACUUGACUCUCCACAACAAGCACACGAUUCUCCACACAAAGCAAAGGACUCGCCAAGGAAAACACAUAGCUCCCCAAGUAAAGCAAACAGGUUAGAACAAAGAGUUAAUGAUUCUCAGUGCAAAGCACAAGAAUCUCCAAGCAAAAAAGCCAGAUCCAGGCAACAAUCAAUUGACUCAGCAUGCAAAAUCCCCUUAAUAACCACCACCCCUACAGUUGAGGCUCCACCUGAAUCACCUACACCUCAGGUUUCAACCCCCCCUCCAAUUUUCCACAUUCCCGUCCUCAACAUUCCAGACCCCCUUACAGAAAAUGAGUUGGAGGAAAGAGACAAAGCAUGCUCUUCUCCUGCAGCUUCUCCCACCCCUGAGCCUCAACCUGGAACUGUAAAGAGUAUCCGUAACAAACUAGCAAGGUUAAGCAGUGGAAGCUUCCGUAUGGAUGAUGAAGACAUUCCCUCACAGAAGGACCCAGAGCCACAGGCCAUGUUUAAUAGUUUAGGGUCUGGCUCCUCUAACCUGUUGUUUCCUGGGGACAUUUGUGAUAUGGUUCUUGAGCAAGGGGAGAAGGGCAAGAACAGAGUAUUCCUCAUGGCUAGGCAGUACAGUCAGAAGAUCAAAAAGGCCAAUCAGUUACUUAAAAUGAAGAGCAUGGACCAUGAACCCAGUUGUGCUAGGCUAAAGAUAAGCAAACAGAAAGACCUGGCAGCCAUACUGGAGGAGAAGAAACAGGGUGGUACUGCUAUAGGUGCAAGAAUAGCAGAAUACUCACAUUUGUAUGAACAAGUUGGAUUUAAGGGUUCCCCUUCAACUCCUCCAGUACUGAAGUCAUCUGCCAGUAUCGCAGGCCCUCAUCCACUUUUCCCCAACACCACCUCCUCUCCUUCCUUAUUAGAGAGCUCGAUGGAAGAAUCUGAUUGGUUGAACUGCACAUACAGCAAUGGGGAACUUGCUGAUUUUGUGUCCUGGCCUGUGGAAACAGCAUCUUGCACUUCAACCUUGCAAAGAGAAAUUACACCUGCAUGCUCAACCCCUUCGUUGAAGAAACUUCCACCCACUCCAAGCACACCACCCAAUCAGCGCUGGAGUGCCAGUGUGAUAACACAGAGUCAAGAUGACUCCGAUCACAUUUACUCUUCAAUAGGACCACGUACCGCUAAAGUUUCAUCCAACAAUCGCUGCCAGUCCUCAUCUUCACUGGUAGAGCAGACUGGAAAAGAGAACGGCAGGGGGCUGUGCAAUCGGAUGUGGGAGGUCCAUGAAAACGAAUCAAGGAUGCACAUGCCUCGGCAACACAGCCUCCCUGAAUGCCCCAACCAGAUGACCUCGGAUCUCUCGAUGCCCUGUGAUAUCACUCUGCGAGACUCGCAGCAAAUACUGGUGAUGAGCAGACAGGCACCACUGAAUGCUCAACUUGCCACUGAGAAUUAUCUGGCCAACUUUAAGGACAAUGGAGAUGAUGAUGAUGAUUACGCAGAAAUCCGUUCCGAAGACGAGGGUGAAGAACAAAAGCAAGAUGCAGAGCUGCACACUUUGCCUGGAACUGCCGUUAAGUACUGCAGCCAGCCUCAGAGCAGCACGCAAACCCUGGGGAAAGGGCAGCAGGUUUCAGCUAACUCUGAGAUGACCCUACAGGGUUACCAGUGGAAUGAUGCUGACUGCAGUCAGGGUGUAAAUCAGCCAAAAAUUGUACAGUCACUGAGAGAAAAGUUCCAGUGUCUCGGUUCUAGCAGUUUUGCAUAAAACUGAUGAUGGACAACAUGCCAGAAAAAACUGAGACGUGGCAAAUCUAAACAUCCACAUGGAACAUGUUACACCUUAAAGACACAACGGAAAGCAUACAGAAAACAUUCAAAUUGAAAUGUACUUCAAUGACUUACGCACCAUACACAACAACACACAAUUUGUAAAUGAUGGAUUCAGCAUUCCUCUUCUCAUAUCUGCAUUUAUUUAAGCUAACUUUCAGGUCAUAUAAGGAUUCCAAGUUUAUGUAUAGUUCAAAAAUAAAUCAUAGGCACAACUCUUAAACUCUCAACUACUGGUUAUAUUAUUCUAGUACAUGUCUGUAAAUGUCACCAAUCAAUCUUUAAGAUGUCGCCUAAGAACACAUGAUUGGUGAUAUUAAUUAAAUUAUCUUUUUUAUCUCAGCCUGUGUACGAAAUAGCCCCCUAUACCCUCAUUCCCUAUCCACUACAUUAGUUUGCUAAUGUAGUCCACUAAAAACCAGUGAAUGACAACGCGGCAGUGAAUUCGGAUACUAAGCGGUGGAAGCGCGGCAAGUACCAUCUUGUGUGGAGACACGGAAGUAAAUUUGGCACACGCCACAUACACCGUGGGUUUCUUUACAUGGAAGUCACCGUCAUGUUUCUACAAUAGCCCCUAAACCGACAAACUUUCAUCCCUACGUUUUCUCAGAUGGCAACAUGUUUGUCCUGUAAUGGCUACCAUAUGCAUUUUAAAAAUUGAGGGGUAAGCUGUUGGUUGCAAUUCGCAAUCUCACCUCUAGAAAUUUACACACACCACCUUUAAAGGUAUAUAGAGCUAUUUCGGACACAGCCUCAGUGUACACACGUACCUUCAUAUGAAAAUAAUGCAGAUUUUUCAUUCUUAUUGAGUAGAAUAAUGCCAUAUGUAAAUCUGGUUGUGUAGGUGGCACUAUGCUAAUAUUAGCAGUGACAAAUCUGUGUAUUUUGUAAUAUUUGCAUGUUAUGAUUGUUUGAGGCCAAGAAUGCAUAGAAUUCAUAUAUAUUUUAUUAUAAUGUACAUUAGAUAUAGAUGUAUCAGGCUGGAAUGUCCUGUUUAUUCAAAACACAGCAAUUAAGUAAGUUCAUGAUAAAAUGUUAGUUACACACAUUACAACAAACUAGUUACAUACAUUAGCUUAAUAUGAGUAAACCUGAGAAAAAAAAUAUUAGUAUGUGAUUUUUGUCUGUUUUGUUUUGCACAUGACAGAAACCAUCACUAGGCAAACAGAAACAUGUCAUUUAUAGUGUUUAAAUUUUAGGAUACUUUGUGUUCAGGGACCAUGUUGGAGAAUGUGAGGUGAUAAAAGUGUACUGUAAUUUAAUGUAAAUUUGAGUUCAAUGUUUUUUAUUGUCUUAUAAUUUCCUUGUCUUUAGUGUUUAAAAAAUUCAGCAUUGGUUGGCUCUACUCUGUCUCCACCUAUAAAAAAAAACACUGGUUGGCUUACACACUGUCUGUCAUCCCAAAGAUUUUCAUUCGCACAAUUCAGUUUUUCUUCUUUUUAUGGUUUUUAUUUAUUCACUUUUGAACAUUUCUGGUCUUGCUCGAAUUUUUAAAUGCUGAGAUGUCUGUUUCACUUUAAUGAAACAAUAUUUAUUAAAUGUUUGAAUUGGUUAUUCAUUUGGUAUGAUUUUCAAAAAUUAGGUUUAAAAGUGCUGUGAAUGUUGCAUUUUUCAUUUAUUUGUUUCUUUUUUAAUGAGCACUGUUCAAAGAUAUUAUCAUUUCAAAAUGUUACAUUAAAAGAAGAAAUUUAUUCACUUGACUUGACCUCCUAAACACCAUUAACUGAAUAUAAAUGUGGAUGAAUGAAGUAAGUUUAUGUAUUUUUUUUUCAGGAUAUUUUGUUUUCCGUUUCAACUGAUGGGGACUGCUAUUCUUCAUUAGAAUUGUUUCUUGUGCACUUUUGCUCUUUUUAAAAAAUAUAUGUUUGUAAAGAUGUACAUUUUCAUGAAUAUUGCCAUUGAUAUGUUUUCAUGAACUUAAGUUAAGAUUUUGCUUUUUUGUGUAUUUUUUAUAACUGCCAGUUAUAACUCUUUGAGGAUUAGUGUUUUAGGCAACAAAUAAACCUUUAAUUAAAACAAAAACUUUCUUCAGCCUCAG